AUGAUAACCACUAAACGACAACAGACAGAUGAGACUAUUGAUUCUUAUAUGAUAUAUUUAAAACAGUUAGCUAAGGAGUGCAAUUUUACUGCUGUAGAUGCUGAUACUAAUAAAAAUGAUACGAUCCGUGGAGCUUUUAUCGCUGGAAUGACGUCCACAAAAAUACGAUCAAGAUUAUUAGAGAGUCUGACAUUAACUUUGGAAGAAACUUGUAAUAUAGCUAUUUCAAUGGAAAUGGCAGGACUCAACUCUCAGGUUUAUGCAAGUCAAAAUUCAACACUCAGUGCUCUACCUGGUAACUAUCAAUUUGAGUCACAGAGGUCUCCAACGAAUUUUGAACUUGUCAUUGUGACAGCUGCUACCAACUCUACUGCUAACUCUUCUAGGUCAGAACAAAUUUUUUUUUGCGAUGGGCCAAUACAUCCAAGAAAGAACUGUUCUGCUCGGGAAUCCAUCUGUAAAUCCUGUAAUAAAAAGGGGCACUUUGCAAAGGUUUGCCGCUCCAAGAGCACUAGUGCAUUUACCAAUGUAUCUGAAGGCUACGAUAACUGUACAGCCUGA